GCUUCAUCAUUGGUCAAUUCAGUGAAUUAACCAAUAGUGAAGCGGGUCAAGCGGAUUAAGUGAAUCAAGCGGAUCAAGUAUGGCGCGUGCCUUAGAAUGGCUGCUGAGGCUGAGAGGAUAGAAAGGAUUCUGAAGGGCUUUGAUCCUGUCAGUUGUGGUCUUUCUGAAGAUUUCAUUUUGACGAAACUCACUGCAAUGAAGGGAUGUGGAUGCAAAGUGCCAAGAGAUGUUUUGCUUGAACUGCUCAAAACUUUCGACACGAAUUUUGUAAUCGAUGGCGAGGGUGUCGGAAUUGGUCUCGACAGUUGUGUUGUGCCACUUCGCCAUCAGGGCUUAAAUCUCGUUCAAACGACGGAUUUCUUCUAUCCACUUAUCGAUGACCCUUAUUUGAUGGGUCGUGUUACAUGCGCGAAUGUUCUGAGUGAUCUGUACGCCAUGGGUGUUGUAAGUUGUGACAAUAUGUUGAUGCUCCUUGGAGUGGCUGUUGAUUUGGACGAACAGGAACGGAAUGUCAUUGUCCGGAUGUUUAUCGAGGGGUUCAAGGAUGCAGCAGACGCAGCCGGAACAAAAGUUCGUGGCGGUCAAACUGUUCGUUGUCCAUGGCUUCUUCUCGGAGGUGUUGCUACUAGUGUUGCCUCCGAUAAAGAAAUUGUCAUGGUGGAUCGUGCACAACCCGGUGAUGUCCUCGUUCUGACCAAGCCCCUUGGUGGUCAGGUCGCUGUGAAUUCUUACGAAUGGCUCAAGAAGAAAAAUGGGCGCGUAGAGGAGUAUGGCCUUGAUGAAAAGAAAAUCAUCCGUGCUUAUCAGCAGGUUGUAGAGCAGAUGACUCGUUUGAACAGGAAUGCUGCAAAAAUGCUUCACAAAUACAAUGCCCAUGCCUCUACUGAUGUAACUGGUUUCGGAAUUCUUGGUCAUGCUGAUAAUCUUGCACGAGCCCAACAAGACAAAUUGCUUUUCGUAAUCGAGACUCUCCCAAUAAUAGAGUACAUGGAUGAAAUUGCACGCAAGAUGCCAAAUGGGAAUGGAUUCAACUUGUUUGGAGGCACCGCAUCUGAGACUAGUGGUGGUCUUUUGGUGGCACUAAGUCCUGAAAAUGCAGAGGGAUUCAUCAAUGGUUUGAAAUCGUCGGACGGAUAUCCAGCGUGGGUUGUUGGUCGCGUCGAGAAGCUCGAAGAAGAAUCCAGUCGUGCAGUCAUCGCUGAAAAUUUCAAAAUAAUAUCUGUACCGUCGAGCAUUCAUGAUUAGUUAAUCUCAUUCAAAUUGUGAUGUUCCAAUAUUCAACUUGAUACUCUCUACAGGUUGCUGGCUUACCUAUUAUUCGUUUUAGUGAAGAGGGGUUGUUUUGAGAUUGUUAUUGUUGUUACGUAAAUCUGUUAUGUACUAGCACUAGUUGUGAUUUUUGAAGGGGUUUCGGGAUGAGCUUAUAAAUAAAAUAGUAUUGCGUAAAAAUUUAGU